AUGUUACGACCCGGCACACCAUUGACGUUGCUUCUUUUUGCGGCUUUUGCUUUACUCCUUCUAGCCGUUAUAUCGACCCCAAUCAUAAAGGCUAUUCCGCUAAGUGACUUUGGCGGCGUUACUUACGGCGUUUUUGGCUAUUGUCAAAAUGGAAAGGGAUGCAGCGGUAUCGGAGUUGGCUACGACACUGCCAAACUAGCUGGGAACAAUGCCCAAGCUUUUGACUUGCCGUCUGGUGUUAGGGACACGCUCUCAGCUAUUCUUAUUGUGCAUCCAGUCGCGGCACUAAUCACCCUCGUCAUGACCAUCAUGGCAGCUGUGUCUCACUUGCAUGGCCCAUCCCAUUCCACAAAAUACCUACUAAUCUUGUUUAUCUUUCUCUUCAUCGAUUUCCUCGUCUGCCUCUUGGCAUUUUUGAUCGAUGUGCUUCUAUUUGUGCCACACCUGGCAUGGGGAUCCUAUCUUGUUUUGGCUGCUACUAUUCUUGUAGCCAUGAGUGGUUUGGUGACAUGUGCGAUGCGCCGCACUCUUGUCAGCAGGAAAGACAGACAAAGGCGUAUUGCAGAGAACGCUGAGAUGAGCGGCGAAAAUUAUUACAACAGGAAUGGUCAGGAUAAAGUCGAUGCCCAGCCCGGAGUUACCAGGCAGCCGACUCUACCCACCGUGAGUGGCGGCAACGGUGUUCAUGACAACCUUCCUGCAUUUGCAUCCUUCGAGCAGAAGAGCCGAAGCGACCAAGCCAGCGAGGAAGUUAUUCCUCUUACCCACCGGGCCACAUCAAACCAAUCUCCAGCCCCCCUUAACGAGGCGGCGAGCGUUGGUGAGGUAGCGGCUUUCAACAGAACCCCUCACAGGCAAGGUUCUCGUGACCAGUUUGGAAACCCAAUUGUGGGUGUCCCCGGCGACCCAUAUGCGACUCGAAGAGGACCUUCCCCAAGCAUGAGCAACCGAAGUAGAGGAAGCGGGGGAGGGUAUCGCGGUGGCAGAGGGGGCUCUGGUCGUGGUGGUUAUGAUGACUAUGGAGCUCCAAUGCGAGGUCGUGGAGGAUAUGCCCAACCUGGAAGAGGCAGCUAUGGACCGAGAGGAGGACGAGGAGGAUAUGGCCUUCCGGCUCGAGGUGCUUAUGGUGCAGGCGCCAUGAGGGGAGGCCCGAAUUCAUCACCAGUGUUCAACAAUGGCCCAUACGAUCGAAGGCCAUCACCUGGCCAAAACUAUGCUCCCGAUGGGCAAGUAUCAGAGCCGUCCAAUGGAUACAACUCAGCAAACCCUUCCAUGCCUAGCGUCAGCAAUUACACUGCCUACACCCCUGAAUCCACAUUUCCGCGAGCCGAAUCCCCGCCUCCACUACCAGGAACCAUGCCUGCGACCAUAGGUGGCCAAGCAGUAGAGAUGGACGCAUCUCCAGCAGUUCAGCACCCUGGAACAGGAAACUACGGACAGCUGAGGGACAGUGAUGCGGAUGUGGCAGGCAUGGUCGGCCUUCAGCAGGGGCAAGGGCCACUGCGACACGACACAUUGAUGAGCGAGGGCAGUAAAUAUAGCACUGAUGAGUAUGGCAUUCCACAACCUGUUUAUGGACGAGACGCUGACUUGAUCAACAGACAAUUUGCUCCACCUCGUGCAGGUUGGAAUCAAGGCGACGGCAGAAACUCACCAAGAGCCCCAUCCCCCCUUGCGACAGGCCGUCCAACUGUUCAAGUCCCAGGAAGAAACACACCUCCUGUUGUACAGCAGCCCCCAGCAAAUGGCGCCAGCAACUAUUAUGAGGACGUUGAUCCUCGUUUCGCCUCGGAUAUACCACCAGCAAACAACAAUCUUCAGCCACCUCCCAUUGAGCCUCUCUACGAGGAUAUCCAUGCCAACAACGCCGGCGCUCGAAGUCCUGCUGAAUCCGAACACUCAACUUUUACCUCUAUCUCUCAGCGUGGCAUUAACCCCCGCUGGAACCCCCACCCCGCACCACCGAUGCCAUACCAGCAGGGACCUCCCCAUCGACGACCAGUACAACAGCAGCAACAGCGUCGAGAUGUGCUCCUAGAUACCCCUGACUUCCAACUGCCCAGUGCACGGAGUGGGCGAGGUCCUGGUAUGGUACCAGGAAGCGCAUACCCGCCAGGCGGUUUCUAG